GGGGGUGCUGUGCCCAUGGGGGCCUCUGGCUCAGCACCCCCCUUCCCUUUCAGAGUGACCAUCCCGCUGUACGACGCCGACACAGGGCUGCUGGUGCUGGCAGGGAAGGGAGAAAACCUCCUGUACUGCUUUGAGGUGGCCCCCACGCAGCCAGCACUCACCCAGGUCACCCAGUGCCGGACAGAGGGCAGCACACGGGGCCUGGCAGCCGUGCCACGCCUGGCCCUGGAUGUCAUGGCCUGCGAGGUGCUCCGUGUCCUGCAGCUCACUGACACCGCCCUCGUCCCCAUCAGCUACCUGGUGCCUCGCAAGUCUGUCCAGGAGUUCCAUGAGGAUCUGUUCCCUGACUGCACGGGGACACUGCCAGCCACCGACGCCCAAGGCUGGUGGGCAGGGGACAGCCAGCAGGUGGGAAGGGUGAGCCUGCACCCUGCACGGAGACCCACGGAGACCUUCACAUCCCCCAUCAUUGCUGCCCCUGGCCCCACCAACACUGGCCACACUGAAGCCACCACUGGCCACACCGAUGCCAACACUGGCCACACCGACGCCGACCAGAGUGAAGCCAGUGGCUACUCCUCACCAUCCUCACUGGCCUCACCAAGCAGCGCGGCCACCUCACUCUCAGCCAGCACCGGCCCCUCCAGCGGCUUCGCCAGCAGCCCCAGCCAGAAGUCCCUGCAGAGCAUUUUGGGGCCCAGCUCCCGCUUCCGGCACGCGCAGGGCCGGGUGCUGCACCGGGACCACCACCUGACCAACCUGCGGGGGCUCAGCCUCACCACACCGGGCGAGUGCGACGGCUUCUGCGCCAACCAGCAGCGCGUCGCCCUGCCCCUGCUCUCCGCCGGCGGCCAGAUCGCCGUGCUCGAGCUCUCCAAGCCCGGCCGUCUCCCCGACGUGGCCGUGCCCACCAUCCAGAAUGGCUCAGCCGUGGCCGACCUCACCUGGGACCCCUUCGACCCACGGCGCCUCGCUGUCGCGGGUGAGGACGCCAGGAUCCGGCUGUGGCGGAUCCCCGAGGGAGGGCUGCAGGAGACCCUGCAGGAGCCUGAAGCUGUUCUCCAAGGUCACACAGAAAAGAUUUACUCCAUCCGCUUCCACCCCAUGGCAUCCGAUCUCCUGGUUUCCUCCUCCUACGACAUGACUGUGCGGAUCUGGGAGCUGAGCGCCGGGCAGGAAGUCUUGUGCCUGCGGGGACACACGGAUCAGAUUUUCAGCAUGGCUUGGAGUCCAGACGGGAAGAAGCUGGCAACGGUGAGCAAAGACGGACGGAUACGGCUCUACGAGCCACGGUGCAGCUCUCAGCCUCAACAGGAGGGCCCAGGUCCUGAGGGGGGACGUGGAGCGCGCCUGGUUUGGGUUUGUGGUGGUGACUACCUCCUGGUGUCUGGCUUUGACAGCCGCAGCGAGAGGAGAAUCCUCCUGUACCGGGCACAGGCCCUGCCUGAAGGACCCUUGUCUGUCCUUGGUCUGGACGUGGCCCCUUCCACCCUCCUGCCCUUUUACGAUGAGGACACCAGCGUCAUCUUCCUCACCGGCAAGGGUGACACAAGAGUCUUCCUCUACGAAGUGACCCCCGAGCCCCCCUAUUUCCUCGAGUGCAACAGCUUCACCUCCAAUGAACCCCACAAGGGCUUCGUCUUCCUGCCCAAAACGGCGUGCGAGGUGCGGGAGGUGGAGUUCGCCCGGGCGCUGCGCCUGGGGCAGAGCACCCUGGAGCCCGUGGCUUUCCACGUGCCACGCGUCAAGAAGGAGUAUUUCCAGGACGAUCUCUACCCGCCGACCCGCGUGUGGUGGGAGCCGGCGCUGGGUGCAGGUGCCUGGCUGGACGGGCAGGACGGGCAGCAGCGCCGUGCCAGCCUGCGCCCCGCA